CACCCUCUCUAUCUCUCUCUCUCUCUCUCGCUCUCUCGCUCUCUCAUGGAAACCAUGACGAAGAGAUUCAAUUAAUCAUUUUCUGACCUUUCAUUGCAAGAUUUGAUUUUGAACUUUACCAUUCCCACUCUUUCUCUCUCUGAGUAAUAUUCAGCUUUCGGCGAAUUCGAUUCUGGGGGUGUAUAAAGUUUGGUUUUUUCUUAUCUUUGUUGGAAAGGGUAUUCGGAUCUAUAUGUACAUGUCUUCCUAUUGGUGUUACAGGUGUAAUAGAUUCAUCAGGUUAUGGAGGGAAGACGUGGCGAUUUGUCCCGGUUGCGACAGUGGAUUUGUCGAAGAAAUCGAAAAUCCUAACCGUUCUGUCCACGUGGACGGGCGACGUCGGCGGUUCCCGGCUGCAGCGGCCAUGUACAUGAUCGAUCAGAAUUCUCGUUCCGCUCACCGGCGGCACUGCAGAAACAGAGGCGGUAACCGUUCACCGUUCAAUCCGGUCAUCAUGCUACGCGGUGGAUCCGCGGAGGGGACAAGUCGCGAGGGCGGAGACAGUCGUGGCUUCGACCUUUUCUACGACGACGGUGCCGGUUCCGGUCUCAGACCUUUGCCUCCGAGGAUGUCGGAGUUUCUUCUUGGAUCUGGAUUCGACAGGGUAAUGGAACAGCUUUCUAAUAUUGAGGCCAGCGGUGGUGUUGGGAGACUCAACCAGCACCCUCCGGCGUCAAAAUCCGCCGUGGAUUCGUUGCCGGCGAUUGAGAUUGAGGAGAGACACAUGACCAUGGAAUCACACUGUGCCGUUUGCAAGGAACAUUUUGAACUUGGAACCGCAGCAAGGGAAAUGCCUUGCAAACAUAUAUACCACCCUGAAUGUAUCUUACCAUGGCUCGCAAUUCGAAAUUCUUGCCCCGUUUGUCGCCAUGAAUUGCCUUCUGAUCCACAGCAGAAUACACGUGAUGCUUCAGCAUCAGCAGAGCAAUUGGUUUCCUUAAACGAGGAAGAGAAUGUGGGGUUGACAAUUUGGAGGUUACCAGGUGGUGGUUUUGCGGUGGGAAGGUUUUCAGGAGGAAGAAGAGGAACAGAGAGGGAGUUUCCUGGUGUAUACACAGAAGUUGAUGGUGGGUUUAACAAUGUUAUUGGUGAACCGAGGAGGGUUUCUUGGUCAGUAUCAACAUCAUCUAGAGGGAGAAGGACAAGUGGUGGUGGAUUGCGCAGAAUGUUUAGCAGUUUGUUUAGUUGCUUGAGAGGUGGAGUUAGGCCUCAGCACUCUGCUUCUUCUACUAUAGAAUAUUCUGGAUCCAUGAGAAGGAGUAAUAGUGCAUCUCGUUCCAACGCGGAUCCCUCUCCACGUUCUCGCAGGACUUGGUCUAUGGAUGUUAAUAGUGGAAUGAGACCAUGGUAACUACUCAACCUGGUAAAGGAUAUAUAAAAGAUAUUCAAUGGGAGAAUUUAGAGGGAGAAAAAUGUGGGGGCAAAAAACAUCGGUAUAUUCAUGCUAGUUUCAUAAUAUUAUCUAUAACACCUUCAUAUAAUGUUCAUUUCAUAUUUUUU